GUGAGAAGCUACUGUAAUAGAGAACUCAAAAGGGGUGGCUAUGGCAGCGUUUGGAAUUCGAAUCGUGUUAUUGCUUGCAGCUUGCUUGCUUCCACUAUCUGUGGAAGCUUUGGUUCGCCACUACAAGUUCAAUGUGGUGGUGAAGAACGCCACAAGAUUGUGCUCCACCAAACCCAUUGUUACCAUAAAUGGAAAGUUCCCAGGUCCCACCAUCUAUGCUAGGGAAGAUGACACUGUUCUGAUUAAGGUGGUCAACCAUGUCAAGUACAAUGUUAGCAUCCACUGGCAUGGGGUGAGACAAUUGAGAACAGGUUGGGCUGAUGGGCCUGCAUACAUCACACAAUGCCCAAUUCAACCGGGCCAGGCCUAUGUCUACAACUUUACACUUACAGGCCAGAGAGGCACACUUUGGUGGCAUGCACAUAUCCUCUGGCUUAGGGCCACUCUCCAUGGAGCCUUGGUCAUCUUACCCAAGCUUGGAGUUCCUUACCCUUUUCCCAAACCAAAUAUGGAACAAGUUAUCAUACUAAGUGAAUGGUGGAAAUCAGAUACUGAGGCUGUGAUAAAUGAAGCUUUGAAAUCUGGUUUGGCACCAAAUGUCUCUGAUGCCCACACAAUCAAUGGUCAUCCAGGACCUGUCCAAGGCUGUAAAUCACAAGAAGGAUUUAAGUUGGAUGUUCAAGCAGGAAACACCUACUUGCUAAGAAUCAUCAAUGCUGCACUCAAUGAAGAGCUUUUCUUUAAAAUUGCUGGUCAUGAACUAACUGUUGUUGAAGUUGAUGCAGUCUACACGAAACCAUUCAAAACUGAUAGCAUUGUGAUAGCACCUGGGCAGACCACAAAUGUGCUUCUGACAACCAAACAUGCAGCUGGAAAAUACUUGGUUGCAGCCUCUCCUUUCAUGGAUGCUCCUAUUGCAGUAGACAACAACACUGCCACUGCCACAUUACACUAUUCAGGCACCCUUAGUUCCACCCUCACCACCCUCACUUCCAUGCCUCCCACAAAUUCCACCCUUCUUGCCACCACUUUCACUGACUCUCUCAGAAGCUUAAACUCUAAAAAGUACCCAGCCAGAGUCCCUUUGAAGAUUGACCACAACUUGAUCUUCACUGUUAGUCUUGGUAUCAACCCUUGUGCUACUUGUGUGAAUAACAGCAGGGUGGUAGCAGACAUCAACAACAUUACCUUUGUGAUGCCUAAAAUUUCUCUUCUCCAAGCACAUUUCUUCAAAAUUAAGGGAGUUUUCACUGAUGAUUUUCCUGGGAAUCCUCCUGUAUUUUAUAACUUCACGGGAACACAACCAUCCAAUUUAAAUACCAAGAAUGGAACGAGGCUAUAUAGACUACCUUACAAUUCUACAGUUCAAUUAGUCUUGCAAGAUACUGGAAUGAUAACACCUGAGAAUCAUCCUAUUCAUCUCCAUGGCUUCAAUUUCUUUGUAGUUGGUAGGGGACAAGGGAACUUUAACCCCACCAAAGACCCCAAGAAAUUUAAUCUUGUAGAUCCUGUAGAAAGAAAUACAGUUGGAGUUCCUUCUGGGGGGUGGACUGCUAUCAGAUUCAGAGCUGAUAAUCCAGGUGUCUGGUUUAUGCAUUGUCAUUUGGAAAUUCAUACAACAUGGGGACUGAAGAUGGCUUUUGUUGUGGACAAUGGUAAAGGCCCAAAUGAAUCUCUAUUACCUCCUCCACGUGAUCUUCCCAAGUGUUGAGAAAGUUACCAACUUUAUAUGCAUAAUGAGGAAGGGAAAGCAUAAAGAGAACUGUGUAUGCCAAAGGGGAGAACAAUGAAGGCUACUAACGAGAUUUUUAUAGAGUAAAACAAAGGAGAAAAUGCUCAAAGUAGACCAAACGACCAGUUGCCAUAUUUUUUUUCUUUUCUUUUUCAUCAUUUUUUUGUAUUGUUUGUGUGAUUUUUCUCCUUCUUCAGUGAUAUUUUUGGCUUUAAUUAUACUUAUAAAUGUGAGUCAAAAUGUUAAUGAUUCUUA